UCCACCAAACAGAGUGAUGGCGGCCGUUGUGUCUGUUAGCACAGCUGCCAGAGAUGAGAGCACAGACACAGGUCUCAGUUUCGCCCCUCGUCCGCUUAACGAUAACUACGACCUCCCUGUGGAUGCGGGUCACGAAAGCUGGAUGUCCGGAGGAGACCACCGGUAUCAUGAAAACGGCGGAGAGGACUCACCGUCGGACCGCGACUGUCAGCGGAGGGUCGACGAGGACCUGACAUCACUGAGCUCCGAAGAGAUAGAGAGCCGCUUAGAGAGAACUCGCCGGGAGUUUUACAACCGUAGAAAAAUAAUAAUAAAGAAUCUACCCUCCGACGUUAGCAAUCAGGAGGUCCAUGAGCUGUUGGGCAACUAUGACUUGAAGUACUGCUUUGUGGAUAAAUACAAGGGCACAGCAUUUGUGACACUUCUCAAUGGGGAACAGGCGCAGUGUGCUAUCAAAGACUUCCACCAGCAUGUGCUACGGGACCGGGAGAUCUCUGUGCAGCUGCAGCCAACAGACGCUCUGCUGUGCAUCGCCAACCUGCCCCGCGCCUUCACCCAGCAGCAGUUUGAGGAGUUGGUGCGGCCCUUUGGUAACCUGGAGCGCUGCUUCCUGGUGUACAGCGCCUCCACGGGCCACUCCAAGGGCUACGGCUUUGUGGAGUACAUGAAGAAGGACUCUGCUGCCAGGGCCAAGUCGGAGCUGUUGGGAAAGCAGCUGGGCUCCCGCAUGCUGUACGUCCACUGGACUGAAGUGGGCUCCCUCACAUAUCCACUGCUGAACUCCAAGUGUCUGUGUGUGGACCGCCUGCCCCCCAGCCUGCUGACAGCCCAAGACCUCCGAAAUGCCCUGGCUGACACCCAUGCGCCAGUCUUCUGCCAGUUGGCUCAGGGACAAGAUGGAAGUUUUCGUCGGUUUGCAGUCUUAGAGUUUCCCUCAUCUGAGAUGUCAGAGGAGGCGCAGCGCCUGGCUGACGGCAGGCUGCUCGGCGGGACAAACAUCAGGGUGUCCUUCUGUGCCCCUGGGCCUCCUGGAAGAAGCAUGUUGGCUGCUCUGAUCGCUGCCCAAACCAUGAUUGGAAAAGCAUGGUACCUCAGGUACGAGGUGCAUGGUUGA